AUGUCGUUUCACCCCUUCCUCAACAACAAAAUCCCAAACCCUAAUUUCCCUUCUCCGCCAUUGAAGACCUGGCUCAACUCCAAAACCUCUGAUUCCUUCAACAACAUGAAUCAUCUCCAAACUUCCGAAUUCGCAAUUGAAAUCGAACUCACUCGUUUCGAAACGGUGGUUGAAUCUCCAAGGAAGAUUAAUUCGGUCGUUGAAAAUAUUCGAUUUGAACUUCGUUUUAUCAGUGUUGUUUCAAUGCGGGUUGACACUGGGUGGUGUUUCGGGUUUUCCGAGGAAGGGAAAAAAUUGCUUCCGGUUGAAGCAAUUGAUAAGGGGCUCAAGGAAGUUGCGAAAGGGUGUCCAAAUUUACGGAAGUUGGAGGUGACAGGUGGGAGUGAAGAGGGUUUGGUUAGUAUUGGGGAAGAGUGUGUAACAUUGAUGGAAUUGGAGUUGCAUAAAUGUAAUGAUAAUGUUUUGCGCGGGGUUGCGGCGUGUAGGAAUUUACAAGUGGUGAAGUUGAUUGGGAGUGUUGAUGGGUUUUACGAAUCAGUGGUUUCGGAUAUUGGAUUGACUAUUUUGGCGCAAGGGUGUAAGAGGUUAGUGAAAUUGGAGCUUGUUGGUUGUGAAGGUAGUUUCGAUGGGAUUAAAGCCAUUGGGUCGUGUUGUUUGAUGUUGGAAGAGUUGGUUUUUGUUGAUCAUAGGAUGGAUGAUGGGUGGUUAGCGGGUGUUUCGUUUUGUGAGAAUUUGAAGACUUUGAGGUUUGUGUCGUGUAAGGGGAUUGAUGGGAAUCCGGGAUUGGAGGAACAUUUAGGGUUUUGUGUUGCACUUGAAAGUUUGCAUUUUCAGAAAUGUCAGUUGAGGGAUAAGAAUGCAAUGGGAGCUGUUUUUUCGGUUUGUAGGGCGGCCAAGGAGGUCGUUCUUCAGGAUUGUUGGGGGUUGGAUGACGGUGUUUUCCGUUUGGCCGUUGUUUGCAGGCGAGUAAAACUGUUUGACAUAGAAGGAUGCUCAUUGCUUACAACUGAAGGUUUAGAGUCCGUCAUUGAAUCAUGGAAUGAUCUUGAGUGCCUUAGAGUUGUCUCGUGUAAAAACAUAAAAGACAGUGAUAUCUCUCCUGCACUCGCAACGUUAUUUACGACUCUCAAAGAGUUGAAAUGGAGGCCGGAUACAAAACAUCUUCUGCCAUCAAAGGAGGUAAACAUGGGGAAAAAAGGCGGUAAAUUUUUCAAAUGA